UGUCGGUUCAUCGAAGUCUUAAUAAACAUCAAAACAAAAUAAACAUAUACCUUGGCAUUGUUUUGCUGCCAAUACAACACGCAAAAUAUGACAAAAGUAUAGUUGAUAUUUAUUUUGUAUACCAUGAAAAUAAUUUAUGUUUUUCCUAUUAUUUUGCUGGUUUUGGAAUCAAGGGCUAUUGACACGCGCCAGGAAAAAAGAACAAAAAAAAGUAAAGUUUAUAGAACUUUUGAGCACGAGCACAAAUUCAAUCAGUUGGAUAGCGCAAGUAUUAAAUCUGAUCUAAAUAAAAAAGAAAAAAAAACUUUCAGCACGUUCGAAAAAACUCCAUCAAAAUAUAGCGAUAUACCUCAUAACGCAACUAAUCAAAUAACCGUAACCGCCGUAGGAAAUAGUAACAACAAUAAUUUAAGCAGAAAAGAACACACUACGAGUAAUUUUACUAACUUUAAUAACAGUUUAAGGCACAACAAUAAAAAUGAUCUUAAACCAAACAAGACUGGAUCUAAACUUAAGGAAAACAAAGGGUUUAAAAUUCUUAAAUAUAACCAAACUAACGCUGGUUUGAAGGAAGCAACACAAGGACUAGUGCAUAAAGACCUAAAAGAAACUGCAGAAGAACUUCAGAAUAGAAACAGAGAAGUGCUUCAAAAACAAAUCUUAAAUAGUUCAAUAACUAAUGUUGGCAUUCCAUUUACACUAAAUGGUAGCAGUACAAAACCCAAUUUUAAAAGUGUGAAAAAUGAUCAGAAAAACUCUAAAAAGUAUUUUAAAGCAGGUGCUUUAAUCAUUACUGAUGAUAACAAAGUUCAACAAGCAAAAUUUGUGGACCUUCAUUCAAAUAACAAAACAAAAGCAACAGCCCAAACAGUGAACAACGUAUCUUCCCAAACAGCGAGCAACGACUCUUCUGUUUCGAAAAGUAACACUUUUAAAAAUGGCGCUCAAAUUACACGUGUGCAUAAACUACAGUCUAUAAAUAACACACACCUAAAUAAGAAACCUGUUCAACGCGAAAAAAUUAUCAGAACCGUAAAAUACGAUGAGAAAGCCGAGUUUCCCAAAAGCCAAACAAAUGAGGUAGCGGGAAACAAUUUGCUACGGGAUAUCGGUUUUAAAAAAGCAAAAUUUCUCAAGAAUAAAUUUACAAAAGCAAAAACUAAUAUUGUGAAGAAAAUUAAAUCUAAGCAGAAAAAAAUAAAUGCACGGCAUCACGAGCGAAAGAAAGACAAUAGAAAAUUGUCUAGUAAAGCUGACGAAAAAAGAGAAAUAUUUUUGAAUGAGCGUAUUGGGCAUUUAGCAGAAAGAGAUAGGAGUGUAGAAGAAGAGGAAGGAAGUGAUCGAAAAUAUUUUUCUGGAAAAUCAAUUGAUAGAUUGUUUUCAAAGUUUGGUUUAAAACCACAAUUCAAUAAAAAGCCUCAUUUAACUUCAGAUAAAGAUGAUAUUGAGGAUGAGAGUGAGGCUGAACAUUCAUUACUUUCAUUAAAGAAACUGAAAGAUAAUGAAGAUUUCUCAGAUCUUUCUCAUCUGGUAGAUGAUGAUCAUCAGGAUGAUCAUCAGGGUGAACAAUACAGUAAUUUAGCUGAGCACGAAAAUCAUGAGAAAGAGGAUACUGAUGAAACUGAAUACCCAGACCAUAAAACACAUGAGUCUAGACCAAAUCUAAAAGAACAUUCAUUUGCAGAUAACAGUAAAUUUCACAAUAGAGAUCAAGAUGAUGACUCUGCAGAUUCAACUGAGGAUCAAAAAGAAAACUUUGACUCAAAAUAUAAUAAAAUAAACAGUGACGAUGAACAAAAUGAAUUUGAUAAUGAAAACAAAAUAUCUCGUGAGUUUGGAAAUGAAGCACACAAUCAUGGAAGGCAGAAUCAACAUGUUUUACUUCACAAAUCUAAAGAAGAACCACAUGAUCAUGAUGAUGCUUAUGAUAUUAAUGGUAAAAUUCAUAAUCCUAAUAAAAAAAAUCACGCGCGUAGAGAUGAUUCGCUUGAUCAGAAUGAUGAUUUAAAUGUUUGGAAAAAUAUUGUUCAAAUGAACAGCAAGAUAGAACCAAGUGAAGGUAUGGAAACAACAGAUAAUACAUUAGUAGAUUCUGAAGAAUCUGAUGCAGCCGCUCUUACUCCAACAGAUCCUAAAAUUUUAGCUGGGUUUGGUGUCAAUGAUCAACGUUUUGGUGAAACAUGGUUUGAAGGGCAAAAAAAUAUUGAACGUGAGACAUCUAAAGUUAAACAUCAUGAUUUAUCUACAAAAAAAAGUUUUAAAGACGAAUAUUCAGAUGAUAUGAAUGAGCUAGAAUCUUAUGUUAACACUAAUAAUGAAGAAAAUGUUUAUAAUAUCGGGAAUCAUAAACCAAAAAAAAGGCAUCACGGAAAAAACCUUAAUGAAAAAUAUAGGAAAACGGAUUACAGUAAACCAUUUGUCCAACAAAACAAAGGAGUUUUACAUAUGUCAGAUGAUCUUGGAACUAAAAUUGAAGACCAGAACAAAGGAGUUUUACAUAUAUCAGAUGAUCUUGGAACUAAAAUUGAAGACCAAAACAAUGAAAGCAUUAUGAAAAUUAUUUGCAAACAUGCAAAAUGUGAUUACGAACGAGAUAAAAAAAACUUUGACGAGGAAGAUGGUACUCAGUUGAAAAGCUAUGUUCAAGAAGGAGAUGAAAUAGUUGCCCAGAUUGGAAUAGGAAACGAAAACGAUGCUGAGAGUUUCAUGUCGGGAAAAAAAUUAACUGAUGAUUUGUUUUCUCAAGCACGUAUUAAUUCACACCAGGAAACAUCAAAAACUGAUAUCCUUAAAACUCCUGGUUCAUCUAAAAUGAUUUAUUUUUCUCCUGAUAUUGUAGCUCAAGCAACAAAGCUAGAUACUACAGAAUACCAUUUGCCCAUUGAUACUACAGAGCGCCAUUUACCGAGUAAACUCUAUAUUAACAAUAUUAAAAAGACGCCAAAACAAGAAAAAAUAGUUUCUUCACUUAAAGAAACCAAUGAAACAAACAAAAGCAUUCUAAUGGAAGAAAAAAUAAAACAACUUCCAAAAAUUACAGACCGUUUUCUUUAUAUUAGAAAUAAUAAAUCUAAUGUGUCGAGGAAUACUGAAGUUGCUCAAGAGCCAACCAAAACACUACUUGAAGCAAUUAAGAUAAUUCGGAGCAAUCCUUUAUUAAAAGUAUCACGUGUGGAAAUUGUUAAAUCAGAUGGAAACUUAUCAAAACCUAUUCGAAUAGCAACAAUAACUCGUCAUGCUAAAAAGCAACCGGUUUCACCAGCUGUUUCAUCACCAGUUUCACAUGUUGUUUCAUCACAUUUUUCAUCAGCUGUUUCAUCACCAGUUAUACGUGUUGUUUCACCACCUGUUUCAUCUGCUGUUUUAUCACCAGUUUCACGUGUUGUUUUACCACCUGUUUCAUCAGCUGUUUCAUUACCAGUUUCACCUAAUAUUUCAUCAUCUGUUGAUCUUGUAGUUUCAAAGGAAAACAAAACUGAAACAAAUUGUGAUUGUCAACUGUUUAUAAAAAUAAUCAAAACUCCUGGUUGCAUGGAGUUUUGCAAAGAAAAGGUCCUUUAUGAAGAACAAGUUAAACAAUUAAAAAAUGACUCAACUAGUAAAACAAAAAAUAAAGAACUUAAAAGCAGCUUUUCACUUAAUGAUGAAUCGAUAUCACUCAAUAACAUUCAGAAUCAGACAAGAAAAAACAACUCAAAUGAGUUUCUUUUUAAUCAAAAUAUAAACAAUAAAAACAAUGAUGAUAGUAGCAGAUCAUCCUACCUCAAAACUUCUGAAGAAGAUCACAGUAUUAACUAUCGAAUUCAAAAUUUUCCUUCGUCUGAAAGUGAAAACAUUCAUUUAUUGAAUAAAAUAAACGAAAAUAACUUUUCAAUUAAAAAUAUUUCUACAGAAAAAGAGCAACCCUUAAUUUUAGGAAACAAUUUUAAAGAGGAUUUAUCAAGCGAUCGUAUAAACAUAAUCAAAGAAAAAGAAAUUAAUGAUUACGCAAAAUCCAAUAUGGAUUCUAAUGCUACAAGUGUCUUAUACACCUUAAAACCUUUUGUAAAUAAAAAUGGACAACAGCAUGAUGCCAUAUCAUUAUCACCUGAUGUUUUGAUAAAACCUGAUUUUCUUCAAACCAAUCUUCCCAAUAAAGUUAUUAUUUUAAACGACAAAAUUCCAUUAAAUUCUCUGACAAUUUCUCCUAUAGAAUUUGUAAGUCAUGAUACAUUGCCAUCAUACCCUAUUGUUAUCGAUUCUACGUCUGAAAUGGUUCAAGAACUACUAAAAAACUCUCAUCCAAUACCUCCACCACCAUCAAAGUCACAUUUUAAUAUUCAUUCAUUGAAUAAGAUACUUCACAACAAUGGACCUGUUAUUGUGGAAAAUGGAAACUCAAAUUUAAUGGAAGAAGAAAGUGAUAAAAGUUUUUCUGAAAACAUGAAAGAUUCAGAAAAUGAAGACAAGGAAGAAGAGGAUUUGGUGUAUGACGAUAAUGAAGAUAUUGAGGAUCAAGAUAAUAAUCAUGAUAAUGACGAUGAUAAAGAAUAUCAUCAUAACAAUCAUCUUUUAUUAGGAGCUGGUGCAUCUCUUUUGCAUAAAAAUUAUGCAGAAGAACAUGGUUCCGUUAAAACAAUCAUAUCUAACGAAAACGGACAAGAUGAAAAAGCGAAUAAAGAAGAAAACAAUGCUUAUAACAACCAAAACUUUGAAGAAGAAAAACAUUGGUUACCUGAAGCAAUACGCAAUAAUCAAAACUUCAGUGCACAGUCUCAAUGUUUAAAUGGAGGUAUAAAUAUACCAAUUUCUAAAUUUGAAACGCAAUGUAUGUGUCCGCAUCAAUUCUACGGCAAAACAUGCAAAGACUGGAAUUUUUGUUACCCGAACCCUUGUUCAAACGGUGGUCAGUGUCAAAUGAUAUCUGAAAUACCAAAGUUCAAAUGUCACUGCAAAAAAGCAUAUAUAGGACAUACAUGCUCGGAAUUUAACCCUUGUGAUCCGAACCCAUGUAAUAAUCAUGGUACAUGUUCACACGAUGGUAAAACAGCAACUUGUACAUGCACUUCAAGAUUUAAAGGAGAAAACUGUGCAGAAUUGAGUAACUGCUACCCAAACCCAUGUAAAAAUAACGGGCGUUGUGUGGACAUGGAUGGAAAGUUUAAAUGUGAGUGUCAGAAAGGUUUUAUUGGAAAAACUUGUGAAGAAGACGAUGUGUGUGCCAAAAAUGUUUGUCAAAAUGGAGGAUCUUGCAUAGUCAAUGGUACUUCGUAUUCCUGUCAGUGUGCGCAAGGAUUUGUAGGAAAAGUUUGUCAAGAUCGGGUUUGCGUACCAAACCCUUGUAACCAUGGUGGCAUUUGCAUUCAAAGAGAAAAUUCUAUGUUUGCAUGUUUAUGUCCGUCUUGGGCCGCUGGUGUGACUUGCGAAGAUGUAAGUCCAUGUAGAAUGAACCCUUGCAAAAAUGGAGCCAGAUGCAUAGAUGCAAUGUCUGGAUUUCGGUGGACAUUAAAACCUAUGCAAUACUUUUGUGACUGCAAAUCCCCAUUUAAAGGAGCUCAUUGUGAAAUAAACGCCUGUAGUGAAUGCCACGUAGACGCAACAUGUGAUGCAGAUCACUGUACUUGCAACUUGGGUUUCUUGGGUGAUGGAAAAUCAUGUUACAGAGAAAACAAAACAGAAGUAAUGGAAGUAAAACCAUGUCAACCGAACCCGUGUAUGAACGAUGGCGAAUGCCUGGUAAAGCCAGGUCUACUAUACGAGUGUAUCUGUAAACCCCCUUUUGUACCUCCUAAUUGUGCCGAAAUUGAUCCUUGCAAACCUAACCCCUGUGGUAUACACGAAAAGUGCGAGGUUAAAAAUAACAUUAUAAUUUGCAGCUGUGCUGGAAACAUGGUUGACAAAAAAUGCGGAGAUAGUCUGUGCCGAACAAAUGCAUGUUACAACAGAGGUGUUUGCACACCAGCAGGCGAAAAUGCGUUUAUGUGUAUUUGUGAAGGAAAAUGGGGAGGUUCUCGAUGCAGAGAAUGCAACUGCCCAAAAAGCCAGAGCCCGAACAACCCGUCGUCAUGGUGUAAUGCAAGAGGCCAUUGCCAAUGCCCUCCUGGAUUUGUUUUUGAUGAGAGCAACAAUAAAUGCAUGAAAAACAAAGCGCCCUUAGUAAAACAUUACAAAACGUGCGAAUCCAGUCCUUGUUUAAACAGCAUUGUUUGCCUAAAUGACGAAGAAGGUGCUUACACUUGCAUUUGCUUUCCAGAAUGGUACGGUAAAAACUGUCAACACCGUAGAAAGUGUUUAAUAAAUCCUUGUUACAAUGGUGGAACAUGCAUGGAAAAAGAUGGCGUAUUUCUUGGAUGUGUUUGCUUACCCGCAUAUUUACCACCACUAUGCAAAUCAGAAGCACCUACAGCUUGUAACCCUAGCCCAUGUCAAAACAAUGCACUUUGCACACUUCAUCCGAGCGGAGGUUAUGAUUGCAUAUGUUCCCAACGUUAUACUGGACCUCAUUGUACUAUUGAUAGAUGCAGAGAUUGCGAUGUUCAUGCUUAUUGUGAAAAUGGGAAAUGCACUUGUAAAGAUGGAUACGUUGGGUCCGGUUAUGAAUGCGUUUCUAAAGGAUGUCCUACCCAAUGUUUACAUUUUCAGACAUGCAUUGAAAACCAAUGUCAGUGCAUCCCAGGACAUCGACAGAUAGCAAAUAUUUGUAUACCUUUAACUGAACUUCAAAUGAACGAUGAUUUAAAACCAACUCGUGCACAUCCCUUAUCAAAUUACUCUUUGAAAACAACAUUUUCUCAGUUUCUUAUAACUAAACCUGUUAGAAACGAAGUUUACGUUACUAAAAUUAAAAGUAUUCCUUCGGAGUAUCAACAAAUAAAAAUUGAUCCAACUAAGAGCUCCAAUUCAAAAAUGGGUUUUUCAACCAAAAUUAAAACACUCGAACAAUCUUCUUUAUCUUCUUUUAUUAAUAAGAAAGUUAAGCGUCCUCCGGGUAACCCAACUCCAACAUCAAUUCCAGUAUUCAAAAACAAGAAUAAUUUUGAGAAAAUUAGUAGAAAAAAGUAUAAUAACUAUAACAAAGUUUUAAGUAAAUUUAGGGCGUUGUUUCAGAAUCAAGAUGCAAAAACAUCCGCUGAGGUGAAAAAACAAGAAACACUUCUUUCUGCACUUCUUGACAUGCCUUCUUUAAUGGUUCAAGAAAUAGCUGAGGCAAACGAAGAUAAUCACGCAAAUAACAGAGCGCCUGAUAUAGCCGGUUCUUUUAACAACACAUUUAAUAAAGCUACAUUGGAGAUACUCAAGCCGAAGCCUUUUUUAUUAGAUAAUACUUUUAUAGUUAAAAAUAUAAACUCAUCAAAAAAUUCUGACAAAAAAAGCAAAUCAAAAGAAGGAGACUCUUCAAAUCAGGUUUCAGCUUUAUUUAUCGACACAAAACCUUCUGCUCGUUUAGUUGAGAGCAAUACAUCAAACACAUCGUACAGCUUUCAAGAUAUCGAUUCUAAUAGCAAAACUGUGUAUGCAAAUAAAGACUAUAAAAACGAAAAAAGUUUGCUGAUUUCUAGUUUUCUAAAUAAUGAUAAACCAACUAUAAACAAAGAUAAAAAUAGUAUAAAAAAAAGCAAUGAUCGAAUAACAACAAUUGAGAUUGUCUUAGAAAAGGUGAAUACAAAAUCUAAUAAUGAAAACAACCAAUGGGAAAACGAAACUAACCUAAUCUUACAAAAAAAUGAGACAUAUAAAAGUGUUCAAGAAAAAAAUUUUCAACCUACUCCGUUUCCUUUAAUAUUAAGCAAUGUUAACACGUCAAACGAGUCAAAAUUUUACAGCAAUAAAAUACCCACAGUUAACUCACUAGAUGUAAAAAACGAUACAGAAAUUAAAAAAUCCAAAAAUUUGGUUCCAAAAUUUUUAACAGAAAAUUGUAUCAGUGACCCUGGGUGUGUCGAAAAGUUAAUUAAUGUCACUAGUACUAAAGAUUCAGAGGACAAAAACGACGAAGUUGUUUUAGUUGAAGCAAAAAAUGACGGGGAGGAUAUUGAAGAGCUUGGCUUAAAAAAACCCAAUAAGCAUUUUUUAAAAAACGAUGAUGAUAUACCUCAUUCAUCAGGAUUGGAGAGAGUCCAUAAUAUGUUAGAAAACAACAAAGAUGUUUUGCAAGCCACAUUUGUUAAAUCAGAAGAAAAAGCAACCCCAAAUACGAUUCCUUCUGAAUCACCAGUUGAAACAAAUAAACUUAAUUACAGAGAAGAUAAGAAUUUAGUAAAGUUUUUAAGUCUUGUUGAAAAGCGUUUGAAGUUAAAACCUUAUUAUAAAAACCAUGUAUAUCAACCAAUUAUUCCACCUUGGAUCAAAGUAGACGAAGAAAAGCCACGAAUAGUUUUUCUGGAAGGUACCGAUACCAAUAUUACUGAAAUGAGAGGAAUAUUAAAACAUCAUAUCUUAAGUUACAAUAAAAAGAAAAAUUUUGCAAAAUUAGGAAAUAAAAAGGACGACUUGAAUAAUUUAAUACCUUUAUUUGAUAUACUUUCAUUAAAUAAUCAAAAAAAUCAACUUAAUUCUCAAUAUCAUCAAGACUCAGAUAAUAAUCAAGAAUAUAAACCGUCAAGUUACUAUGGUGAAGGUGAGGAUAUUUAUAAAGAAAUAAAAAAACAGAAAAAUAAAAAGAAAAAACUUAAAACAUAUCAAAUAUACAUUUAGUUUGACUUCAAAAAUAGCAUUUAUACUGCAAUGUAACUUUUUAUUUUUUC